CUUACAAUUAACACUGUUUUAAAGCUUAGAAUUAACACUGUUUUAAAGCUUACAAUUAACACUGUUUUAAAGCUUACAAUUAACACUGUUUUAAAGCUUACAAUUAACACUGUUUUAAAGCUUGGAAUUAACACUGUUUUAAAGCUUACAAUUAACACUGUUUUAAAGCUUACAAUUAACACUGUUUUAAAGCUUACAAUUAACACUGUUUUAAAGCUUACAAUUAACACUGUUUUAAAGCUUACAAUUAACACUGUUAUAAAGCUUACAAUUAACACUGUUUUAAUGCUUACAAUUAACACUGUUCAAAGCUUAGAAUUAACAUGGUUCUAA